CGCCGGCCGAGGCCCGCGCAUGCGCACCCGCCGCCGCCCCCUGGCGCCUGGCGUUGCAUCCGGGUCUUCGGCUCCGCGGGCAGGGUCGCUCCGAGGCUGCGAGGUGUGGGCUCUUCCGGCGGUUUCGGCGUCGGAAGCGCAGGUUUGAACUUGUCCUGGAAGCUGUGCAUCACCAUAAUGAGGCUUGUAAUUCUUGAUAACUAUGACUUGGCUAGUGAAUGGGCAGCCAAAUACAUCUGUAAUCGCAUCAUUCAGUUCAAACCUGGAAAGGACAGAUAUUUUACACUGGGUUUACCAACAGGGAGUACACCAUUAGGAUGUUAUAAAAAACUAAUAGAAUAUCAUAAGAAUGGAUUCCUUUCUUUUAAAUAUGUGAAGACCUUUAACAUGGAUGAAUAUGUAGGACUUCCUAGACAGCAUCCUGAAAGCUACCAUUCUUACAUGUGGAAUAACUUUUUUAAGCAUAUUGAUAUAGAUCCUAAUAAUGCUCAUAUCCUUGAUGGGAAUGCUGCAGAUUUACAAGCAGAAUGUGAUGCAUUUGAAGAUAAAAUAAAAGAAGCUGGAGGAAUUGAUCUUUUUGUUGGAGGAAUUGGUCCAGAUGGUCAUAUCGCUUUCAAUGAGCCAGGAUCCAGUUUAGUAUCAAGGACAAGAUUAAAGACCCUAGCAAUGGACACCAUAUUGGCAAAUGCUAAAUAUUUUGAUGGAGAUUUAUCAAAGGUGCCAACCAUGGCUCUAACAGUUGGUGUGGGGACAGUGAUGGAUGCUAGAGAAGUCAUGAUCCUCAUAACAGGCGCCCACAAGGCAUUUGCUCUCUACAAAGCAAUAGAGGAAGGAGUCAAUCACAUGUGGACUGUUUCAGCUUUCCAGCAGCAUCCCCGAACUAUUUUUGUGUGUGAUGAAGAUGCUACCUUAGAAUUAAGAGUUAAAACUGUGAAAUACUUUAAAGGUUUAAUGCAUGUGCACAAUAAACUUGUGGAUCCACUGUACAGUAUGAAAGAAGGAACUGAAGGAGAUUGGAGCAAAAUUCUGCUUGAAUGAACAGAACUUCUUAACAGAUGCAUUUGCAGCUAUGCAAUAUGAUAAAACACGAGUUUUUAAAGAUUGCCACUUCUCAAGUCCAAUAUCUAUGUUAAACAUUCCAUAUUUAGAAUGUGUCUAUUUUAUACUAGGGUUAGAAGUAGUUGCAUCUCAUAAUUAACCAGCUAUUUAUUUCAAGUCCAGAAGCCACAUAGCCGCUCUGUAAAACAGCACAGAAAUGAAAUGUCUGUUUUAAACAUUUAAAAAGUCUUUUAAAAAAUAUUUUUAUUGAUUUCAGAGAGGAAGGGACAGGGAGAGAGCGAUAAAAACAUCAAUGAUGAGAGAGAAUCAUUGAUUGGCUGCCUCCUGCAUGUUCCACACUGCGAAUCAAGUCCGCAACCCAGGCAUAUGCCUUGACCUGGAAUCGAACCGUGAACUCCACGAUACUCAACCACUGAGCCACGCCAGCUAGCCUAAAAAGUCUUUUUAAAGGUGAAGAUUUUGUACAUAAGUACAUUCAUAUGACUCCAGUGGCACUGUUAGAUUUUAUUUUUUGAUCACAUGAAGACACAACUAUCACUGCAAACCUUUACUUGUGAAAUGCUAUCUUACAUUUUUCUGCGCAUUACACAAGCUUUCUGCACGUGGUUGCCUUAGUCAUCUUCCUGCAGUAGCAUCUGGACAUCCAAAGUCCUGCUAUAUAUUGUAGGUACAGAAAAUCUAAAGAGAAGACAGUGCCUAAAAGUACAUAUACGCCCUUCUGGAAAGUAUGUAUAAGAGCAUGAUUUUUGUGCACCUUUUUUACAAAUGUGCUCUUGUUUUUAUUUAAUGACUUGGGUUCAUGCUUUUAAUGUAAGUAUUUUGGCAAUUAUGGGCUUUAUACCUACACUAACACACUUAAGGAAAUUAUUUUAAAGAAAAUUUUCUGAUUGUUAAACUUCAUAAAUGAUUAGCUUUAUUCCUUACAUAUGUCUAAAAGGAUAAUAUAAUGAAGUAUAUAUAUAUAUGUAAGUAAUUAUUGUAAACUAUUUUAAAUUGCCAUAAAAACUUGCAUCAUUAA